AUGCCCAACGAAUCAGAAGAACUUGUCCAGAAGCUGGUGGAAAAAUUCCGCUCACUUUUGGACGAAGCCCUCAUAGUCGCUAUUGCUAGUGACCACGACCUAAAAGAUGCUUCACAGUUUGAAGCAGCACAAACUGUGCUAGAGGGCCUUGCGCAAGACGUUACCACAGAAGAAGCAAGUGGGUUUAACCCAAGCGGAAUAGCCAACACGCCAGAUGAUGUGAAUGAAGAUGCGAAUACAAUCGAGACAAGCAGCCAGCAGGCUUCUACCAGUGAUCAGACAUCAACAUCCACCAACACAUCAUAUUCCAUCCCGCGACUCACUUCUUUCGACGAUGAUAGCGAGGAGAUUAAGAUUCUUCUCCUUCAAGGCAUGUUCAGUGAGCUCAAGGAGUACGAAAUCAAGCAGACGCUAAAGAGGGCAAAUGGAGACGUUCAGACUGCGCUCGACGAGCUACUCAACGUUCAGUACCUCAAAUCAACUGGCCAGGAACAGAAAGGAAUCGAUGCUUUCUUCGACCCUGAAGGAGACGCUACAAAGAAGAAGAAAAAGAACCGGAAGAAGGGCAAGAAAUCUCCUGGAGAUGCCACUUCGUCUUCCAGCAGCGGGACUGCUUCUCCAUCUCCGGAUGAUUUGAAGUCAAUGAAGCAGCAAGAUGAGAUCGCCUAUCUAGCAGAUAGACUUGAUCUACCAUUCGAUUUUGUCUCAAAGAUUUACCACAACAAACGUUGUGCCAGCGGCGCCACAGCAGUUCAGAUUCUGGAGCAAUACAUAGAACUCGGCAUUGAAACCCAAGAUGCAGAACUGAAAAAGUACGCCAAGGAACUUACUCAGAAAUAUCCGAAUGUCCCAGAGAAUUUUAUGUCGACAAUCGUCCAGGUCACGGGCUCUGUCUCCCAAGAACCUGACGAUAUCGCAGCGCUUGUAAGCAAGCAUUUCGUUAAGAAUCCGUGGACCCAGAAGCUCGAUGUUAGUUACCAACUCACGCCACUUCCGGAAGACGAUAUGGAAGGAUUUGAGACAGUUACGCGUGGAAACAAAUCUAGGCUAGCCAGACCUGUUUCAGCAGGCACCGGCAUUCUUCUCCCUGGACCGUCAGCGUACGCGCAAGCUGCUGAGAGAGCGGGCCAAUACAAUCAAGCCAAGAGGGAAGCAGCGGCUUCAGCAGCAUCGUUGAAUAGACGUGGUGCUUCCAAUCCACUGUACCGCCAGGCUGCAGGUUACUACUCAGAGCGAGCAAGGGAACAAGCGCGGUAUGAGAUGCGUGCUACGUCGACAGCUGCGGAUUUGCUUGUCAACAAACAAAGCACAUCACGUUCUAUCGACUUACACGGCGUAUAUGUGCAGGAUGGUGUAAGAAUUGCUCGCCAGCGUGUGCAGGCUUGGUGGAAUGGUCUGGGGGAGUUUCGAACCGAUAAGGCUCGUCAACAGCCAUUUACUGUUAUCACUGGACUUGGCCGCCAUAGUGCUGGCGGAGUAUCGCAUCUGAGACAAGCUGUAGCUGCAGCUUUGCUCCAAGAUGGAUGGAAAAUGCAGGUUGAGACUGGGCGCUUUGUCGUUGUCGGUAGGCGAUAG